ACAGUGUGUCGGCUCUGUCUUUCUGUUUUGAUAUGACAGUGCGAGUGUCAGAGGUUAUCUCAGUGUUCUUUUCCUACAUUGUGUCACUACAUGCCAGUUAUUCAAUAGAUUCAGACUGCCUAUUGGUGAAACAUUACACACCCACACACGCUUUUCCAAGGUUUAGUCAUAACAGUGUUUUUAUGACACAUUGCGUAAUUUAAUUGGUGCCUGUAUGUCUUUUUUUUUUUAAACUUUACUUAGACUUUAGAACUGGACAGUCAUUUUGAUGUGAUUGAUUCGUGCUCUGUUUGGGGCUCGGUGGAUGUUUUUGUGGGAGCAGCAAGGGUGAGCUACUCCCCUCUCACUGGAACCAAUCAGUGGCAAGGUUAGAGGUCACCACUAUAUCCACUGUGCAGUCUGAUAUUCUGAUAACUCUUACUGGGAAAGCAGAAACAGUAAGCACUUGGAGGUUUCAUAGCAACUUUUGAAGACAUUUUAAAACUUAAUUUCAAAGCGUCUUCUGCAGUCAUGGCACCGAUUCUUCUGAACCAUGUGGGGAAUGAGCAGAAUGAAUAUAUAAAACAACAGGUCCAAGUGAAAAAUCCCAAUUUGGACACCAUGGAAGAGGACAUUCUCUACCACUUCAGCCUGAGCACUAAGACUCACAACCUCCCCGAAAUGUUUGGAGAUAUUAAGUUUGUGUGUGUUGGUGGCAGCGCAAACCGAAUGAAGGCUUUCGCCCAGUUCAUCCAUCAGGAGCUUAAACUGCCUGGAAAUCCAGAAGACAUCAAAGAUAUCUGUGAGGGAACUGAUCGCUACUGCAUGUACAAAGUGGGACCGGUGCUCUCUAUAAGUCAUGGCAUGGGAGUCCCAUCCAUCUCCAUCAUGCUGCAUGAGCUCAUCAAGCUGUUGCACCAUGCCCAUUGCCGUGAUGUGGUUUUGUUUCGCCUGGGAACAUCUGGUGGAGUCGGUCUGGCUCCAGGGACUGUGGUGGUCACGGAUAAAGCAGUGGACUACUCUUUCCGCCCCCAGUUUGAACAGGUUGUUUUGGGUAAAGUUAUCACGAGGAGCACUGAACUGGAUGAGGGAGUAGCCAACGAGCUUCUGCAGUGCUCGUCUGAGCUUCAAACUUUUCCGACAGUGAUCGGGAACACCAUGUGCACCCAUGACUUCUAUGAAGGUCAAGGCCGACUUGACGGAGCUCUCUGCUCCUUCUCUCAAGAAGAGAAACUAGAGUAUCUGAGGAAAGCUUAUGAGGCCGGAGUGAGGAAUAUUGAAAUGGAGUCCACUGUUUUCGCUGCUAUGUGCCGUGUCUGUGGCCUCAAAGGAGCUGUGGUAUGCGUUACAUUGCUGAACCGCUUCGAAGGGGAUCAGAUCACAUCACCACAUGAUGUUCUGGUGGAUUAUCAACAUAGACCUCAAAUCCUGGUAGCACAUUUUAUCAAGAAACGCCUGGGGUAUAUUGUCUGACAUCCCAGCUGCCUUAAAAAAAAAAUGUAUAUAGUUUUAACUCAUGUGCAUAUGUAUAUAUACUGUACCUAAAAUGUUGAUAUUGAAAUAUUUAAAAGUUACACAUUAAGAUUUUAUUGUGAUUUUUUUGACACUAAAAUGCUAAGCGUGUUGCAUAUAUGCUUAUAGAGUGUAGGUGUAACUAUGUGUUAUAUCUAUUAUAUUUAAUACCUUGAUAUCUUUGUAAGUUAAGACAACUCAAAAUGAUAUGUUCUGUAUCUUGAUUGCCAUGUUUAUCUAUGCCAUAGCUGUAAUUACAGUCCAGCAAGAAAGGAGAUUACUUCAAAAAUGAGAGGGUAUGUUUUUAAGACCAAGAAACACGCUUCAAUGAAUUGAAAUAAAAAUAUCAAGUUGGGACAG